AUGCACCGCGUUCUGCUCAUAGAUGAAAUACUUAGAGGUGUGUUCGAACACAUAGAUGGCGACGUUGACGUCGACCGCCAGCCCAUUCGCUACACAUUCGCUAGCCUCGCGCGCGUGUGCCAGGCGUGGAGAGACCCUGCGCUCGAUUUCCUGUGGCGCUUCCAGCACUCGACGGAUCCCUUGUUUUCCCUAAUACCCGGCGCCGUACUCAAAGAAAAUACCACCUCCUUUGAUGGUGACAUAUCCCCCGAAUCCCUCGCCAAGUUCUUCUCCUACGCGUCCCGCGUUCGCACAGUUGCGCAUCACUCCCGUACAUUCACCAAGCUCUCCCCUGCUGUUCUCACCCUCCUCAGGGCGCACCACUCGGAGCACACCCUCCUCCCCGCCCUCACCUCCGUUCGCCUCAUUCUCAGAGAUGCCGCGCGGCGGCACAUUCCGCCGACGCUCUACCUUUCUGGGCGCCUCCGCGACGUCUCCAUCGACAUCAGCUUCAUAAGCCCCAAGGCGGGUGACGCGGUCACGCACCCCGGCGAGGCGCUCUGCGCCUACCUCGAUGAAGUUGCGCGCGUCGCAACGGGACUCCAGCACCUGCGCCUCCGCGGCCGCAUCUGUGAGCGCAUGGCGGAGACGGUCGCGACUAUGGCCGGCCUGCGCACGCUGUCGCUGUGCGUCGGCGGCGACCUGACGCCGCGCGCGCUCUCUGCUAUCGCAUCUUUUCCGUACCUCGAGGAUUUACGUAUUCAGUUAGACGGCAUGGAUGCGGGUGCACUCGCCGAAGCACUACACCCUUGCUCCUCUUCCGCCGCACAGAUCUUUCCCUCUCUUCAAGUGUUUCGCGUCCGCUCCGCCCCAUCCAUCGUCGAGGUUCUGUUCGGCCACCUCUCCACCUCCAACAUUCUACACACCCUGCACCUCGAAUCCGACUUCAAACCGCGCCCGGUCGACGACUGGAUCCCCGCCUUCACCCUCCUCGCCUCCAAAACGCACGCGACCCUCACUUCCCUCUCCAUCGAGUCCCUCUCCAGCUUCUGCGAAGUCCCCGACCACGCCUUCCCCCCGAAGCUGCAUUUCACCCUCGACACCCUCCGCCCGCUCGCGCGCCUCGCGCGCCUCGAGCACUUCAGCAUCGACCCCUCCGUCCCCGCCGACCUCAGCGACGCCGACCUCGCCGCCCUCGCGCGCUGGUUCCCUGCGAUCGCGUCGCUCGGCCUCUGGACACACCCCGUCGACGCAUUCGACGCGCCCGCGUACUUUUCCCUCCAACCGCGCGCGACCGCCGCGAGCCUCGCCGCCUUCGCCACGCAUUGCCCCCGCCUGCGCGAGCUCGCGCUCCCGAUGGAC